UUCCUCCGUCCCCCUCCUCCUUCCUUACCGCCUAUCCGGACGUAUCCGUCCCUUAGUAUGUGCGGGCGAGGAGUGUGCUGCUGCAUCUGUCAACUCCCUCCUCCAGUUGCAGCUCCCCCAAACCCCUCGCCAACUCGCACCUUUUCCACUCUGCCCCGUCCGACAACCCCCUUCGACCCAGCGAGUGCGCACAGGAAGGGUCACCUGGUGAGUACCCUCUCGGUUCUGCGGGCUUGGUUAUAAUACUGAUAUCCAUUAUCCUGGCCUAGCGCCCUUCCUCCGAUGGGGUCUUGUCCAUCACGGCUCCGCCAGAUCCGCAGCUCCUCUCUCCUCUCUCUCACCUCCCAGCCAAACCCGCCCGAUGCCUGGGGAACGGACAUACUACCAGUGAGCGUGGGAUAAUGUGGAGCCAUGAAUUGGCAUUUAUACGUACGACGGAAUGGUCCGUCUCGUCACCGCAGUGCGCGUGUGAGCUCCCCAAGAGGUUUCGUCGGACUCGGGGCUUUCAGAAUGGUCGAGCCUGCUGCCAAUCCCUGCCGGAACCCAUUGCGAGAGCUGUUCGACACGGAGGUGAUAUAUUUGACCAGCCUAGGGAGACUAGUCACGGAGUUUUCCCGAACGCACAACGGGUCACUAGCUCCCCUUGUGCAUAUCCUCCAAGAGAUUAAGAGCGCUCUGUCUCCUAUGGCUUUGGCCUUAGGAUUUGGCUUUGGCUUAGGGUUAAGGCGGGUCAGUGAGGGGCGUGACGCGGACUGGGAACCCUGGCGCGGGCGACGAGCUCGAUGUCGGACUCGUCCUCUGCGAUCAGCCGUUCCUCCCUGGCCACCUUGUCAACUCGGGUCGCGGUUCGGAGUCCUGGCAGGGGGUAAGGCGGCGAGCCGGCGUGCAGCGAUGGUGCGGCGAUCCACAGCAACGGAGGGGGUCAAAACGGCGAAAAGCGCGGGUACGGCGAAAAAGGGCCGUCCGACGGGGCGACGGAGCGUGUGCCGGCGGUUAGACUACCUC